AAGUUAUCAGAUGUGAAAAGUUUGGGUAUUUCUGUAACCGUCCAAGAGUGAUGAGGAAGUACGACUCUCUCUGUUGGAGCCCAAUUAAUCCUUUUCAUGGCAGCCAUUGUCCAUUUCACUACCAUCCAUUUCCCAAAGCUCCUCUUCUUCAAUCCUGUUGGAUUCUUCAGUUCCAAGUCUCAAAGAUUGUUCUCAGUUUCACACCCAAGCACUUCCAAUUUGGGAAUCAGGCUCAGGUCAACGCCUUCAUCUUCUUCAUCUUUCAUGGCCACUCAAUUUCAGGUUUCCGAAGGUGCACCCGGUGAAGAAUUGGAGCAUUCCACUUCUCGCACAAUCGGAGAACAUGAUCUUCUCAUUGUGGGUCCCGGGGUUCUUGGUCGUUUGGUAGCUGAGAAAUGGCGGGAGGGACAUCCAGGCUGUCAAAUUUUUGGACAAACAGUGACCACUAAUCAUCACGACGAGUUGAUUAAAUUGGGCAUUAAUCCGUCUUUGAAGUGGACGGAGGCCACGCACAAAUUUCCUUAUGUCAUUUUCUGUGCUCCACCUUACCAGUCCUCAGACUACCCUGGUGAUCUCAAGCAAGCUGCAUUAAGCUGGAAUGGUGAAGGUUCUUUCCUGUUUACAUCAAGUUCUGCUCCAUACAAUUGUUAUGAUAAUGGAGAAUGCAACGAGGAUACUCCAGUUGUGCCAAUUGGUAGAAGCCCUAGGACUGAUGUCCUUCUAAAAGCUGAAAACGUGGUAUUGGAGUUUGGCGGUUCUGUUCUGAGACUUUCAGCACUUUAUAAAGAUGACAGAGGUGCACAUGCUUAUUGGUUAGAGAAGGGGAUUGUUGAUGCCCGUCCUGAUCACAUCCUGAAUUUUAUUCACUAUGAGGAUGCAGCUUCCCUCUCAAUUGCAAUCUUGAAGAAGAAAUUCAAAGGAAGAAUUUUCUUGGGUUGCGAUAAUCAUCCUUUGUCCAGGCAAGAAGUGAUGGAUCUGGUCAAUCAAAGUGGAAAAUUUGGAAAAAAGUUUGAGAAAUUUACUAGCUCCGAUGGCCCCCUUGGUAAGAGAUUGAACAACUCCAAAACACGCCAAGAAAUAGGCUGGGAGCCAAAGUACUCCAGUUUUGCUUAUUUUCUUGAGACCCUAUGAUCAACUCCUAAGCAUAUCGUUGAUGCUGAAAUCAAGACUAAUCUCGGCUAUGGCUUUCCAUGGAUGUGGUUUGUAUGUAUGCACAAAUUGCUUGUUCUUUCGACAUUUUCUCCAUACUUGUACUGUACAGAAAGGAUCAUCAUUCAUCAUUGGUUGACCUAUAAACGGGAAAUGACUAUCUGUAUGUCAUUCUUAUUAUUCCUAUACCAGUAAUACACGAUCAGUUUUGUACC